UUAUACACAGUUUUUCACUAAACAUUGUCAGCUGUCAGCAGAAUGACGUUUACGGCAACCCUAUUGCAUUGCUAUUCCGCACUCGUUUUGUUUACAUUUAUUUGUACUGUGGUCAGUUUGCAAAAAAUAUGCGAAAAUAUCAAGGACGACCGAAAAAACAUCCUGGUUUUAAUAAAAGAUCCAGAAUUCAGCGUAAACGUCGAGCUCAAGAAAAAAAUAUGAAAUUAAAUUCCCGAGAUGUGGAAGAUUCCGAACAAGCGGAUGUUUUCGAAAGGUCAGAAAUUAUUGAUACAACUGCAUCUGUGUCAAAGGAGAAUCAUUGCCCGGAUGAUUUUUUUACAAAGUCCGGAAGUGAAAAAUUUGACUUUUCUACGCCAGAAGUUACAGCUAAUGUUCCUAAGACAAACCAGGCUUUCCUGAGUUCUGAUCUGGACAUUUCAGUUAUUGACUCUGACGUAGAAGGUAGAAAUACAAGCUCUCUUUUGGAGUAAAUAUGUAUUUCUCUAUGCCAAAAUUAAAAUGUCAUCAUUUAUGUUUUUCUUUUAUGGUGUUACAUUAUGUUGUUUACAUACUGAUAGCUAUUAAAACUGUUAAAUAUAAUAUUGUAGCUAUCAAAAAGAGGGGGAUGAAUUUGAUUUGUACCAAAUUUGGACGUUUUGCAUGAAAGAACUUGAAAAUAAAAGAUUUUUUU